AUGAAUAAAGAAGAAAAAACAACUACGAUAAGCUUAUUAACAGGUGCAUCAGGUGCCUUUGGAGCAGGACUCCUAGGUGCCAUUUGGUAUACAAAAAGAAAACAACAAACACAAACAGAAGAAAUAAAAGUGGCAACGCCAAAAAUGAUGACACCUGCAGAAUAUGCAGUUGCCAAAAGAGACGCAACAUUAUUUGCCUUUAAAACCCUAGGAUACGGUACACUUUUGGCUUUCACAGGUGCAGGAUUACUUGCUAUCACUGUUGGCUAUUGUCUUGAUGUUCAUAAUUUUAAAGAGUUUUCAGAUAGACUUAAAGUGAUUAUACCACGACAUACAGCACGAUUAAGGCAAUGGGCAGGCGGAUCAAAGUUUGAAAUGACGGCAGAAGAACAAAAAGAACUUGAUCAAAUUAAUUUGGAAAACUAA